CCUCCACAAAGCAGGCGGGCUACACACAACUGAAGCCGGGAACCAGAAAUUCCUGUUUGUAGAGUGAAUAUCUAGUUUUUAUUUGGUCAUGUCCAGGAAAAGAUCCAGUUUCAUCAUACAGCGACAUGUUUUAAAGGCAGAAAGGUGUGGCGUCACAAUGCGUAAGAGCCAGAGGAUUUCAGGUGGAAAGGCGGUGUUCUACAAACCAGUUGGAGGUGUGACUGAAAUAAGAUCAGGAUACUUAUACAAGUCUCCUCCUUCGAAGUUACUGAAGACAGAGAAAUCGUGGAAGCAGCGCUAUUUUGUGCUGUUCAAAGUCAACGAGAAACAGCACCUGUUCAAGUACUUCAGAUCUUCAGCCACCACAGAAAAGCCGCUCGGAGGAAUUGAAUUAUCACAGAUCACUUUGUUGUAUGUGAGCCCACAAACCCACAAGAAAUGGGAAUGGGUGGAGAAAAACUUCAAAUGUUCACCAUCCUGUGUGCUGUACAUUAAGACCGCCGGGCCGAAUGCCCGCGACUACUUCCUCAUUGGGGAGAACAGUAAAGAGGUGGACGGCUGGUACUCUGAUCUGUUUGAAGCCAUGAAAAGUCGCCCACAUAAAUGCUUCAGUUCAGAGGAAAUUUUUAAUGGAGAGCAAAAUAUUGAGAUAAUUUCGCGCCCUCUUGUGCGGAGCAACAGUUCUGCUAUGUCUGAAAUGUCUGAUGGGAAAAUUCGCUCCAUGUCUGAUCCAUCCUCAAAUGAAAAACCAAGGCCUGAUCCUGCCAAACGCCGCGGGUCUGAGCCGUCUCCACUCUAUGACUAUCCAAGAUCGUACUUUGAGGUACUACAGGGGCAGGAAGAUGAUGAUGAAGAGGAUGAUGAUGAUGAUGAGGAUGAUGAAUCCAUUCACAGUAAGAGUGCAGAGGCUAUAUACGAAACGAUGGGGGAUAUAAACAAGCAGGCGGCUCAAGCAGUGGACUGUGAAGUUGAAGGCAUUACAUCUGUUUCUCGCGUGUUUGCCCAUCUGAAGACACCGGCUUCCCCAGUGCUGCCAUUGGACAAGGAGCCAUUUACUACCAAUGGUGUGAAUUCAGACAUGAGCAGCAGCUCCAGUGGGGCGGUGUCUCCUGUUGAGAUGCCGUGCAGAUACAGUGGAACGCUGGGAACACGAAGCUCCAGUGAGAGUCUUGACAACUGUGGCCCAUUAGAGACAGACAUUGAAGUGAAGCAAGCAGACUUGAAAAAACACCUGACAGUAACAGAAGUCGAUGGAAAACCAUGUGUGUCUACUUGGACCGGGCCACCACUGAGCCUCUUCCACAAAGGAGACCAAAUCCUCGGAAUCAAUGACUUGCACACAGGUACUGUGGAUGAAUUCAACAUGUACCUGAGCAAGACGCUGAAGAAUGAGAUGAAAAUAACCAUCUUGCGUCGAGCUGGACACCUUUCUCUGCCUGCAUCAUUUAAUCUGUGUAACGGCGAGAUGAAGUAGCUACUUCCACUUCGUGUCUGUGUUCUACAGACUCUGAGGCACUUUCUAUCUGUAGAUUUUGGGUUUGUUUCACGAAUUGACACUUUAUAGCUGGCAGACAGUAUUUUCUGAUUACACUGAGCAAAGUGUCCAAUGCAACAUUGAUCCUCUGAGAUAUGCUCAUGUUUAGUGUAACAGUAUAGUUACUAAAAGUUGGUUCCAUUCGGUUGUAAGGUAUUCACAGUAGCAUGGUGGAAGCAAUUUCGUACUUGUUGGAGAGUUAUGAACAUGUUAAGGGGGAGUUGCACUUGGGUCAGGUAUUUGUUGUUUGUAUUGCUCCACAUCCACAAAAUUGUAACUUUCCAACAACAAGAACAACAAACCACUCAUUUGAACACAACUAUACAAACGCUUGAAUUUGUAUCAAGAUGAUGCAAAGGGAUUUUUAACGCAGACCCCUACCUCGGGUACUUAUUUGUCAAAUACUUAAAGGAUUGACCAACGUGCAGCACACAAUUGCCAAAUCUAUCAGGAGUACUUUCAUGGCAAAAAAAAAAAAAAAAAAAAUUCUUAUUACACACUGAAGAAAUUAUCAAGAAUUAUAUCGACAUACUUUUACUGUUGUAUUGGUAGUUUUGCUUAGUCCAUCUAUAUAUAUAUAUCUACAAGUACUACAAAUGAAGGCUAAACGUAGUUUACUACUCUUUUAUAAAUCUCGUAUUAUGUGUUGUUGCACCAUUUGUGUUCAUUAUGUAAUGCUGACUUGCUGUUUUACCCAGGUAUGAUGCAAGUCGCUGGUGUUAUUUCUACUCCAGAUAAGUAAUUUGUGCAACACAGUGGGUGCUUUACAGAAAACAACUGACUAAAGCAUGUUUCUUCAUAACAGCUGCAUGAUAUCCAGAAUGACAUGCACAAUAUAAACUCAUGCACCCAACACAAAUGUCUGAGUAAAAUUACACUAAGGGAAGAAAAUGUGAUAAACUGUGCAACUUGUAUAUACUAUAGUCAAAGUAAUUUUAUUGUGUAAAUACAUAAAGUGCAGUUGUCAUACAUGUAGUCCCGUUGAUGUGAGGUGGAUGAUUUCUGCACUCAAAUCAUCUCCAUAUUGUAAAUAUUACUGUAUAUUAACAAGACCACUGUCACGUCGAAUGUACUACAAAAAAGCUAAGAAGCCAAACACUGUAUUUAUAAAAUUAUACAACAAAGCUCUGUAACUUGUGUAAAUGUAACCAUGUGCAGAUUCCUUUGCUCAUGGCAGCAUUUCUCAGCAUCAGUGCCCCAUACAGACCACAAACAGUUUGCUGUGACAUGUUGCAGAAGCUAUUUCUCAAAAUGAGGUUAAUGUGAUCAUGUUAGGGAGUACAUUAAGGAGGAAAGAAUUGAAAUUUGCUCAAAUACUAUUCUUUUGAAAAGAAAAAUUAUUCAGAGCUUUGUAAUGAAUGUCUGCAGUCCAAAAAUCAAUUUAAAUCAACUAACACUAUGAUGUGAUAUUUUCCGAUGAAGUUGUAUUUAUUUUAAGGUUAAUGAAGCUGAUACAAGUUUUUCCCCAUAUGUCAUUUAUUCAACUGAUAUUUACACUGUACUAUCUAAAUAAAUACAUUAAUUUACA